GCCAGUUCACGUUUAAAUCGUCAAAAAGAAGGUGAUCUCUUUAAUUCACAGGUGAAAACUAUAUCUCGACGAACAUCUUAACCGCUUUCAUAAUUUAGUUCAUGGCUAAAAAACUACAAAGUGCAUUAAUUAAUGUAGUGUUUUGAUCGCGAGCUGCAUCAACGGUCAAUGUGUGCUUAGCCACUUGUGACGUGCGGGCUAGAAGUUACUUCUUCAUUUGUUUUGAAUGCCCGGUCUCGGUGACGAAUUCUGUAAUUCUGACCUCUUCAAUUACAACUAAAAUUAAAUAUUCUCUGUAUUAAUUGCUCUUAAUUGAUUGUUAAAUUAGUGAAUGAAUGAUCCCGCGAGUUGCGAUGGAUUAAAUAUGAAAAAGGUGUGGAGGAAUGUGAUGAUAGGCACGCGAAGAAGUGGAUGUGCAUUCUUAUAGGUACUGGGUACUCUCAUACCUACCUGAUGGUGUUCUUGGCUGAUAUGUAGUACAGGCACGGAGCUGAGGUACCUACCCAGGUGAUAUGUCGGAUGGCCCUGAAUGAUCCACAGCGGUGCCGUAGGCGGCGCAACUCCACCAACUUUGGGGGCGGAGCUCCGGGCAGCGGCCGCUCGCGGUGAUGUGGCAGCAUGCAGAAGACAUUUGGGGGCGGCACGGUUGGUGCGGUUCUCGCGUGAUGAACACGGUCGUACCGCGCUGCACUUGGCGGCGGCAAAUGGCCACCGAGAAGUGGUACGGCUGCUACUAUCGGUGGCCGCCCCCCGCGAAGUCGACGGACCGGACGGAGCUGGUUGUUCGGCGUUGCAGAGGGCGGCCGCCAGCGGGCACGAGGAGGUGAUAACACUGGUACUGGCGAGAGGGGCGGAGGUUAACGGACAAGAUAGUGUACACGGCAACACAGCACUUCACGAAGCUUCCUGGAAAGGACAUAGCAAAAGCGUUCGGCUACUGGCAUCUGCUGGCGCUGAUCUCAAUCGUUGCAACGGUGGGGGAUUCACAGCCCUUCACCUCAGCUGUCAAAACGGUCACAACCAAUCGUGUAGGGAGUUACUGCUAGCUGGGUGCAAUCCAGACAUCCAGAAUAAUUAUGGUGAUACUGCUUUACAUACUGCUGCAAGGUAUGGUCACGCUGGCGUCACACGCAUUCUGAUCUCAGCUCAAUGCCGCGUUUCCGAACAAAACAAAAACGGAGACACGGCUUUGCACAUAUCUUCUGCCAUGGGACGCAGGAAACUGACGAGGAUUCUUCUGGAAGCUGGCUGUGAGAAGAGCGUGCGCAACAAACAAGGAGAGACUGCUCGAGACAUUGCCAUGAGGAAAGAUCUGUUCGAGAUUCUGGAUAUAUUGGAUGAAGGUGGAGUCGGUAGGGAGGGAAGAAAGGGGAUACGAGGUACCAAGAAGAGAUCGAAGAGCAAAGUUAAGUUUGAAGACGCCGUUGAUAGUAAAGAGGUGCCACAUGAACAACCCAAACCCUGGUCUCCAUAUGGAUGCCAUUAUUUUCCAGAUCCGAAAAAUUUUCCAUCUCCUAGGUUGGAUUCUCUUCCACAAGAACCUUUGAAAAAGGGCGAACAGUAUUAUUUAGAUCUAGCAGGUAACAUUUGCAAAGGUCCCAUAGGUGUAGGCUACACUUGUUAUUGCGCACCGUUAUUCAAGCACCUUGAAGCACGCAUCGAGAGGGACAAGAAGGAACUGCAGAGGGCGCACUUCAGGCUUCGACAGAGGGUCAUCGGCUUGGAGCAGAAACUCAAGCGAGGACAGCAAGGCAGAAGAUCCGAGAGGGUGCUGGCGUCUAGUAGUAGAGAAAAAGAGGUUUCCUUGCCUAGAUCUAAGAGUUUGGAGAUGUUGUACGAGGCUGAAAAGCCUCAGUUGCAAGCUACGAGGAGUAUGGAUGAAUUAGAUCCCCCCGACGAAGAUAAUCCAGACAACGCCCGACCUUCAGUCAAAGAACUAGUAGCCAGAAUCCAACAACUGAACUGUCAAACAAACAACGGCAACGACAGCGAAAGCAGCGACGAAGAAGAGCUUCCAGUACGCAAAAAACCACCAGCCGAACCCUCCGUUGUAGGUCCGUCCUCUCUGGACUUCCCCGGUGAUGCCCCUCCGCGAAGCAGGACAGGCGUGUACAGUCCCACGAUAGUGAAUAGUGUCAUGGUGAACCAGAACCCGCGCUAUAUCGAACCCAUAGUUGAAAUUCGAGAAGGUACAAAACAAUAUAGUGAUAGUUACGGGGUUUACCCCCCACAGCUUCCUGUGAAAAGACCCCAAAUGUACCAGACCGACCUAGGAUUCGUCGAGCCAUACAAGAUUCAGUAUUACGACAAUGCUGUAGCAGAAAGACGCGUUUUGAACAGUGCUAAAGUGUACGAAAAUGACCCCGCGAAGCCCCCCAGGUUAGAAAUGAACUAUGCCGGUACGAAUGUCCCUGAUAAUGUCGACAGGGACACAAAUAAUGAUUCAGGUUAUUCCACUAAAGUAUAUGGAAGCUCCAAGGGGAAUUCCCCCAGUUUGUGUGGGAAGAUAGACGGGGAUGGCCUUGGAGCUUCUAGUUUAGUUUAAUAUAUUUUUUUGUUUCUCACUAAAGGAACUUUAAAUAAACGUUGAUAUAUU